CCCCGCCCUUCCGCUGUGUCCCCUCGUGCAGCAGCCGCGGCUUGCUCCAGACUGCAGGAGCCGGAGACGCGCGCAGUCCUCGCCCGAGCGGCAGAUUUCGACCACUCCUCACACCAGUGACGAAAGGAAGAUGAAGUCCACCAUUGGCAUUGCAGUCCUCCUGACAGUGCUCCAUGUCACCCGCUGCCAGAGAAUCACAGGCCUGACGGCUUGCCGGAGCGAGCAAGGCCUGCGCUUGGACUGUUUCUACACCAGAAAGACCACGAAUCCCCUGAACUAUGAAUUCCGCAUCAACAAGGGCACCAGGGAGGGACUCGUCAUUGCCAGCACCCAGAGGGUCCCCAACACCAUGUACAAGAACCGCGCCAACGUCACUUUCACUAACGAGCUGGUGUGCCUCAACCUCACGGGCUUCACCACUGCUGACGAGGGUGUCUAUGUGUGUGAGCUGAAGAUCACCAAUGAUUAUGAGGGCAACCAGGUCAGAAACAUCUCGGUUAUCAAAGACCGGCUGGAGAAAUGUGCAGGAAUCAGUCUCUUGAUCCAGAACACUUCCUGGCUGCUGCUGCUGCUGCUCUCGUUGCCUCUCCUGCAAGCCGUGGAUUUUGUGUCUCUGUGAAGGAGGAGGAAUAAGAAAAGUGGGGAGGGAGGAAGAGCCGACUAGCAAACGAACUUACACCCACCCGAGGGGGCGUGACCCCUCCUUUCGUUGCUGUUCUUUUUCUGGAAGGAGGCAGCCAACAAGGACGAUGGUUUGACAGCGAGCCCCGAUUGUGUCCCUCAAUAUUAUCUCUCUCUAUAUAUCUCUUUCUAUAUAUAUACAUAUAUAUAUAUAGCUGCAUAGCUAACGAAAAUGUCUGAUUUGUGCUAAGAGCCGUCACAUGCAAGCAACGCAUCAUGGGGAGGGGAGGGUGGCACAAGGAGGAGGAGGGUGAUCCUCGGUGCAGCUUAAGGAAUUCUGGAGCAAGCAUGGCAGCAUUUCAUGUGCUUUCUGUCCCCCUCCCCCCUUGCCAGCUUUUCCAAUUUCUGUUCUGUCUCUUGCCCGCCCACCCCGCAGAGUGAUGGAGAGAACCUGUUUUUUUUGGGGGGGGGGGCUGAUCUUCUCCAGUUUUGUCUUCCAAAUCAGAUGCGUUGCUGGAUUAUAGAUUCUAGGGGGGGAGGCGACUCAAAAGAGGCCAGGCAUGCUUUUUAAAAAUUUUAAACCAAAGAGGCAUAGAGCAGGAUGGAAGAAUGCUUAGCCCCACUUGGACAGAGAUCGGGGUAGCCGACGUGUUGCCCUCUAGAUAUUUUGGACUAUAACUUCCAUCAGCCCCCAGCCUUCAUGGCUAUUGAACAGGGAUAAUGGAAAUGGUAGAAAUCAACAUCUGGAGUGCAGCCAUGUUGGCUUCCCCCGGCAGAGAAGACUGUUUUCCCCUUAAUGCAUCAUCCCACUUUGCUGGCUCCCAGCAAGAUGGUUUCGAUGAAGUGCAUGGUGGUCUUCAGUGUAGCGUGGCUUUCUUGUCUGCUGGGCAUCCCCUGAAAGAGAACGAGAAAUCUUUUCCACCCAAGGAGGAUUAAAAAAGGAAUAGCAGAGGCUUGCAAAUUCAGUACCGGGGGUGGUGGAGUGGGGAAGGGUGAUGGAAAUAGCCUUUAGUGGUCUGGAGCACUGCUUUGAGUGCAGAAGGCACCAGGUUCAAGCCCUGGCAAUAUGCCACUGAAAGUCAUUUGCUGGUGAGUGGGAAUGUCUGCUGUUGCCCUGAUUUGUUUAUUUUUUUAUCCAUGCUUGUGGGCUUCCCAUUGUUACCAGUGUAGAAAAUAGGAUUCUGGACUAAACAGUGUAGGAAGUAGAAUUCUAGCUAUUCACCUUGAUGGAUAUGUUCUCUGCUGUUGGAAGCAGUAUGCUUCCAAAUGCCAGUUGCUGGAAUCCACAAGAGGGGAGAGUGCACUUGCACUCACGUCCUACCCGUGGGGCUUCUCGUAGGCAUCUGGUUGGCCACUGCGAGAACAAGAUGCUGGGGUAGAUGGCCCGUUGGUCUGAUCCAUCAGGCUCUUCUUAAUGCUUGGGAGAGCACGGAUCUUAGCCUGGGGUGCGAUGAGGGGAACAACCGUUGACUUCUGCCCAUCAUUCAGUCCUCAGGUUGACUGGGUUCUGAGCAGAAGAAGAAAAACCAGUCCUGAUUUGCAAAAAGAACAAACUACACUAGUCGUGUUUUUCCCCCAAAGUAGACUUUUAUCAUCGAGCAUCUUUCAGGCCAAAAAUUUCUGGUUAACCCAGCAGUGACCUGUUUUCCAAUGUGUCAGCGAAACAGCUACUGGUCUUUUCUUUGAGGAAAAGGCUGGGACACAGGACGCUGCCUUAGACCGAGUCAAACCAUUGGUCCAUCUAGCUCAGUAUUGUCUACACUGACAGGCAGCAGCUCUCCAGGGUUUCAGAUAGGGGACAUUCAGGGACUCAACCAGGGACCUUCUGCAUGCAAAUCAUGUACUCUACCUCUGAGCUAUGGCCCUUAAGUAGAUUAAGCAUGGCUGAGUGACUUGCCAUGUGGCCUCUCCCCAGCCCCCAUCUGGAGGAAAGAAAGAUUUUGCCCUUUCAUAGUGUGGGCUUUUAAGGGGCUGGUGGCCAGGAAGGAUGACCUCUGGGCAACCAGGCUGGAAUUCUCCGUUAAGUCUGGUUCUUCCACACACACACACCCUCCUAGUUUUCAGCUGCAGAUGUCUAACGGGCAUGAAAGCAUUAACUGGGUCAACCACUGCUGAAUCUGCUGUGGAGUCUUCCUGCUCCCUGCGGUUCUGAAAGAAGCCUCUUUCUUGCCAUGGAGUUCCGUGACCAAAUUCAGUUCUGCACCUAUGACCUGUCCCCAUAAUACUUUUAAGUAUUUCUUUAUGGGUUGUUGUUGUUUUUAGGGUGGGAUUGUAAGUAAAGGUGGCAUGGAGAACCCUUGCAGGCAAUAAUCAACUCAAAAGUCCACCUACUCCUCUUGUCCAGUAAGCAUCAUAGCAAUGGGAUUAUUUGACAAGCACCUGGGACCCUUUAAAAAUAUAUGCAAGUUAUUAUUUAAUACGGUAAAUGCAUUUAAAGAGGUUGGAUGCCUUGCACGCAGGCUGGUGCUUCACCUUGUCUAGCAAUGCCUGCAUUCUCCGGUUUCACCCAUACCCUUCUCCAGGGCAAAUUUCUGGCUGCAGACCUGUUGUCAUAUCCCCUUGGUGAGGUUCCCACAGAGGGGAUUGUUAAAUGAAAUACCCAGUUUAAAGUGAUCUCCUUGAGCAGAACCGUGAAUGACUCUCUAGAGUGGCUGUCAGUCAGGGUAGCCAGAGCAAGGAUAGAUCAUCAACAUAGGUAAUUUGAAUGCUGUUCUUCCAUUGUAAACCAUGUGCAAAGGGGCUCACAACAUCAGAAAGUUUACAAAAGAUCAUUCGCUAAAAAUUACAAGAUGUAACAAAAUUGAAAUAGCCAUAUAAAUGCUAGGUUAGUUCAGCCAUGGGCAAUCUGAUGCCCUCCAGUUAUUUUGGACUCCCAACUGCCAUGAUGAGAGUUGUAGUGCAAAAUAUCUGGAGGGCACCACAUUGUCCAUGGCUGGUCUAAUGAAAACUCCUCUUAUUGAAAGAGAGACAAUAAAGUAAAUCCACUGAUCAUUCCUAAUAAAAUCUAACAAUGCAAAUAAGAACAUAAUCUGUAUAGCAGCAAAGAAUAAUGCAUCUCCAAACCUAAAACUUUGCCCCGGCAACAACCCCUAAACAAUUCCUCACCCAAUGGUCUCUGAGAACCUUGAGCAUCAGAAGUCGCUUUUGUAGCUGGAACCAGUCAGGGCCCCACCCUCCCAAGCCCGGUAGAAAUGAGCCAGACAGAGAGAUGGGCCAGUGACCUGACUGGUCAUAAAGCAGCUUGAGAUAUUUCUCCAGCCACACAAUUCUGUGAUGGGGAACGAAGGCUGCGCUCCCAUGCAGACUUCGUCUGGGAGAAAGCCCUGUGGUUGAACACAGUGAGACUUAGGGCUGUACAGAACGUUCUGUGUCCUCUAGCGCAACACUCCAUGUGCUAGCUAGAGGAUGGCAGAGUUUAAAGGUUGCGCAACCAAUGAAUCCAAUGCAACAGUUGCGUUAGCAGGAGCUUGCCAUGCAACAGCUGAUUCUUCUGCAAUCCCUUGCACAGCAGUCUUUGGUAACAUACUUGUGUUUUCAUUUGCAUAACAAGGUUCCGCCAGCACAAAUUGCAUACCUCUGAGUGACUCGACAUGGGCUACAGCCCUUACUUGUAAGGAUGCAUAGGAUGGCACUGUAAGGAGCAUGAAGGGCUUCCAUUGGCCGCUAGCUGCUCAUCUGUGGCUAGAAAGCCCUGGAGGUGAUGCGGACCUGAAUGUGGGGGCUGUCUUGGUCUCAACAUUACUGGAGUUAAGGCCCUAAACCAGAUAUGUUGGGGCAGCCAUGUGGACUUACUCAAUUGCAGAAAAAUAUUGGACUCAAAACAGGCUAGGGAGAAAUUGUCUUGAAGUAAUAGAGUGUAAUAAGGAAAGCGGGGAGGACACCCUCUUACCCUGUGCUCCAUUUCAUGGAAAAAGCAAAAGUCCAGAGUGAUGCCUUCCCUGUAAAUGGGGAGCCCUCCCCCCCCCAUGAAUAAAACACACAUGGUGUUUUAAAGUCUUGUUUGGCUUUAAUUUGUCAAAAAGCAGCUUCCUAGGAUCGAUGAAUGAGCUACCACAGGGCGCUUGGUAGACUUCUUGCUUUAUAUGAAACAUUUCUAUAUUUCCCAACCGUUUAAAAAUGUCCAGGUUAGUUUACAAUAACAAAAAACAAUCCCCUUUCCCAAUCCACAGGUACAUGUAUUUGUACAGAACGGGUCAGAGUUGUGUGACCUUAUGGGCCGCGUUGUCCGGAAAUUAAGGGCUUGUCUUGCAAAUGGCACCAUCCCCUGGAUAACAAAAGGUCCAUUCUGUGGCCAUGCUGUAGCAGGGCAUAGCAAGUCCUCUGCAUUUCUUCCUGUCAUUCCAGCAACAUCCUGCUUUAACACACAAUGCUUUUGUUAGAUUUUUUAAGAAAUUCCAACCUGGAUUCCUGGAGCACAAGUUCAUGAAGAGCCACUGUUCCUGGUCACUUCUGGCAGCUGAAGAUUGCUUCCAGGAGAGCAGGAAGGACAACAAAAGGGUUCUUUCCUCCCUCCGCCCCACUGCAAAUGACUGAAAUAGAUUGUUUUACUGGCCUGCUAGAAAACUGUGGACUAGUACCUUUAAUGGACUUUCCAAGAUGCUGUGCACCUGUAGGUUUUCCUAGUUCUCUCCCACCCCACCCUGCCAUUCACCUACCCAUAGUGGCACUAUUUUUUGUUGUUGUUUUAAAUUUCCACUGUUUAUGUCCCCACAACUAAGGAUGCAAAAUUUGAGCUCUUUGUGUAUUAAAUUUUUGUUACGCUGUUUGAAAUGUGCAGGUAGAUAGCUGCAUGUUACGUGCACGUUUCAUGGGAUUUCAACUUAUAUGUGCUGGGUUUUAAAAAACAAACAAAAAGGCAUGGGCAAUCCCCUUUUGGACCAGGCUGUGCAAACAGAGAAUGAGCAGAAUAUAACUGAAAACAGAGUGAUGUCCUUGUAGUUGUUGUAGUUCUUGGCCAAACAAGAAAGGGGAAAAUAUCAGGAGAGAAUUUUAAAAACUCACAUCUGGGUAGAUCCAUCGUGAAACAGCUGGUGGCUGCCUGGGCUAGAUGUUCCUUUAGGCCUAUGGGAAGCUGUGGUUUCUUGAUAAGAAGGUUAGCUAGGUGGGCCUCCACAAAUACAGAUUCCAUGGGUGGAUCCCCCUGGGUAAAAAAAACAAUUGGCAGCUGAUGAGGCAAAGGGUCAACUUUGGGGACAGAUAAAGACCUGUGGGACUUCCUGGUGCCACAGUAGGAGAUCAGGAAUGUCUGUUGAUAAGGAGGCAGCAGCAGGCCAAAGGAGGAUAAGUGGCACUAGCAAGCAAAAGUGUGGGUUCUUCCUGAGGAUGUUAUGGGGUACACUCUCUCCUCACUUCUGCCCUGCCUUGCUGAGCUCUCUCUGGGCCAGCUUUAGCCACACUGGUGCCCUCCAGAUGUUUUGGACUACAACUCCCAUCAGCCCCAGCCAGCAUGCUAGGCUAAGGCCAGCUCUGGCCCCUUUCCUCCUUCCCAGCCAAUGCCUUUUGCUUAUCUACUGUCUCCUGGGUUUUACUGCUCAGGUACCUUCUCCGUGCCCAUCUCUUGCCCAGCCAGACUCGGCUUUACUGUAAAUUCACCAGCUGAAGAUCGGGAAUUUCGGGUGGGGGGAGCCCAACACUGUUCAUUGUCCUAGUCUUGUUUUGUGAACAUUUGUAGAGUGUUUUCCAUGGCUUAUUGUCAAAGAAAAUUCUCUUAAAGACAAAAAAAAUCUGCAUACAAUAAAUCCUUAGA